CGCUUCGCUUCGCCUCGCCUCGCCGUUCCGCGGGCCCGGGGCCCCAAGCUGCUCUCCUCGGCGCGGGAGGGGGCUGCCGAGCUCCGGCGGACCGAGGGGGGCGCCGGGGCCGCGCCCCCCUGUGGCGGCUCUUUCCGGGUGUAGGCGCCACCGGGGUGGCUGUCGGGGGACGCGGGGACCCCCAGAGUCCCCGCGCCUCGUUGUGCCCGCCCGGCUGGCGUAGGCUCCUGGCGUCCUCCGCGCGGGCCGGGCGACGCCGCAGUCUACCUCAGGAAUAAUGUAUUUGUGGCCCUGGACAUGAAGUAAUCAGUCCUCUCUUGCUGCUGACGUAGGGUCAGGAACUGAUGAGGGAAGCAUGGACCUAAUGAAUGGACAAGCAAGCAAUGUUAAUGUCCCAGCUACUGCUUCUGAGAAAAGUAGCAGCUCUGAAUCAUUAAGUGACAAAGGUUCUGAACUGAAGAAAAGCUUUGAUGCUGUAGUAUUUGAUGUUCUUAAGGUUACACCAGAAGAAUAUGCGGGUCAGAUAACACUAAUGGAUGUCCCAGUAUUUAAAGCUAUUCAACCAGAUGAACUCUCAAGUUGUGGAUGGAAUAAAAAAGAAAAAUACAGUUCUGCACCAAAUGCAGUUGCCUUCACAAGGAGAUUUAAUCAUGUGAGCUUUUGGGUUGUUAGAGAGAUUCUUCAUGCUCAAACAUUGAAAAUUAGAGCUGAAGUUUUGAGCCACUAUAUUAAAACUGCUAAGAAACUGUACGAACUGAAUAAUCUUCAUGCACUUAUGGCAGUGGUUUCUGGCUUACAGAGUGCCCCAAUUUUCAGGUUAACUAAAACAUGGGCGUUAUUAAGUCGAAAAGACAAAACUACUUUUGAAAAAUUAGAGUAUGUAAUGAGUAAAGAAGAUAACUACAAAAGACUCAGAGACUAUAUAAGUAGCUUAAAGAUGACACCUUGCAUUCCCUAUUUAGGUGAGUUAUAUUACUGUGUUUAUUGCUGGCCUCAAACUCAUAGCAUACUAUACUCAUCACAGGUGGUGAAAAUUUUAAAAGUAUACCUGAAUUUAGAAGAAUCUGAGGAGUAUGACCCGCCUCUAAUUCCUGAAAUUUUGAGAAAUGUGCUAUAUAUACUAUAUCUACAAUAUAUACUGUCCCUCCAGGACCUUGUUUCAGAUGACAGGUACAAGCUCUCAUUAAAGAUAGAACCAGGGACAAGCACACCUCGAUCUGCUGCUUCCAGGGAAGAUUUAGUAGGUCCUGAAGUAGGAGCAUCGCCACAGAGUGGAAGAAAAAGUAUAGCAGCUGAAGGAGCCUUGCUGCCCCAGACACCUCCGUCUCCUCGGAACCUUAUCCCACAUGGACACAGAAAGUGCCAUAGCUUGGGUUAUAAUUUCAUUCAUAAAAUGAACACAGCAGAGUUUAAGAGUGCAACGUUCCCAAAUGCAGGGCCAAGACAUCUGUUAGAUGAUAGCGUCAUGGAGCCUCAUGCACCAUCUCGAGGGCAAGCUGAGAGUUCUACUCUUUCUAGUGGAAUAUCAAUAGGUAGUAGUGAUGGUUCUGAACUAAGUGAAGAGACUUCAUGGCCUGCUUUUGAAAGGAACAGAUUAUACCAUUCUCUGGGCCCAGUGACAAGAAUGGCACGAAAUGGCUAUCGAAGCCACGUGAAGGCCAGCAGUUCUGCAGAGUCAGAAGAUUUGGCUGUACAUUUAUAUCCAGGAGCUGUUACUAUUCAAGGUGUUCUCAGGAGGAAAACUUUGUUAAAAGAAGGCAAAAAACCAACAGUAGCAUCUUGGACAAAAUAUUGGGCAGCCUUGUGUGGAACACAACUUUUUUAUUAUGCUGCCAAGUCUCUGAAGGCUACAGAACGCAAGCAUUUCAAAUCAACAUCAAAUAAGAACGUGUCCGUAGUAGGAUGGAUGGUGAUGAUGGCUGAUGACCCAGAACAUCCAGACCUCUUCCUGCUGACCGAUUCUGAAAAAGGAAAUUCAUACAAAUUUCAAGCUGGCAGUAGGAUGAAUGCAAUGCUGUGGUUUAAGCAUUUGAGUGCAGCCUGCCAAAGCAACAAACAACAGGUUCCUGCAAACUUGAUGACUUUUGAGUAGAAACCUGAGGAAGCUGAGCUGAAUCUCUGCUCCUGUGCGAGAGGGGGACCUGAGGAGAACGCCAGCUGCAGACCAUCCGUGCCAGAAGAGCCCAAGGCACCAUCUCGGCCUUUGAGUUGUGAACCAAAAAGCACUCACUUCAAGAAAUGAAGUGAGAUAUUCCCAGAGAACAAAUUGGAGUUACAAAAUAAACUGCCAUGAACCAUGGUUCUUAUCUCUGAACUGACCUGUGGAAACCACUGCCUUAAAAGAAUGAAAGGAAAACCAACAUGAAACACCAAAUAGUGUGUGUGAAUCUUCUGGCGGUGCUGUGCUUGAAAUAGAUCGUAGCUAAUUUGCAUUUCUUUUACCUUUGUACUAAUUUCAGAGGGGGGAAUCAUCUUUUUUAGAUACAGUUUAAAAAAGAAAAACGUAUUUCUUAUGGAUUACAUCAGGACCUGGCUUUGAACUGCAGAGAACAGGUACUUUAAUUUAGGGAUUAUGCCAGCAGCCCAUCUGCAAGGUUUGUUCUGCCUCCACCAGUGUGUCCUCACUCACUUUCUAACAUGAAAAGUGUAGGCAUUAGAAAUGUUAAUUAUGUUAGUUGGUGGGGGAUGAGGUGGGAGGUGUUGUUUUUGUUUAGAUAAGUAAACAUCUUCUAAACACUAUACUUCUAAAUUUAGUGCUGUGUGGGAAACCUUAUUUCCUGCAGGAGGCACAAGGGCUAUGUUCCUGUGCCAGGCAGUUUUUUAAAAAGUAGGCUCCAAAGAACAUGGUUGUUUCUAACUGGGGUUAAAGCUUAGCUUUACAUGAAUUCAUUGUUGGACCACAGCUCUGCUUAAUAGAGAACUGAAUCCCAAGCUAAACUUUCCUGAGAUGAUUUUUAUAACCAGCCUUUUCCCUCCUGACUUGAUUGGGUUAUCCCUUCUCUCAGUCACAGGUGGUUUUUAUCAGUGAGGGUGACAAUAUUGAUAUUUUGCCAGGAUAUUUUCAUUUACAGUGUUCUAUGUGCAUAAUGCCAGUUUGUUAUUAUUCACUUGUUUUUGUUCAAUAUGAGAUUUAAGGUUGUAUUUGUUUAAAAGAUUGCUUAUUUAUGUUUUAUUGUAAGACAAUUUUAAGAGGGAUAAAGGCAAAAGUUGGAGGUUCUGGAAAUUUUAAGUGUCAAGCCUCUUAUUACGUGACUCACCAUGAGCAUACCAAAGCAUUUUUCUUUUAAACCUACUAAUAGUUCCCUUAUAUGAAAUCAUAUUUUGGCAGUAGUUGACUAAGCUGUCUUACAGAAUUCUGUUCAAUAAUACAUUUAAUUUGUAAAAUGUUGGAUAGAAAAAUGAAAAAGGUGAGAUACCUUAGAAUUUUAUAACAACAAAAAAUAGCAUUUGAACAGAGAUCCCACAUUAGGUAUUAUAUCCUUGUGAGGCAUCACCAACUUUGGGUGUCAUGUAAAACUUCUCACAUAUAAAUCCUUAAGAGAAUUGUAUACUGUAUUGUAUUUUGCCCUCAAGUCCAUUAAAAGAAAAUACAUGUUUAGUGCUUUAGCUAAACAUGUAUCCAAAGGAAAGUAAGAGCUUUUUCUGCCUGUUAUAUUUGAAAAUUUAGUUUUCUGUUUGGGAAAAUGUUCAGAGUUCAAUAUAUUUGUCAUAUCAUAGCAAUGUUGUUUCUAGGUUUUAGUGACAGGCUGAAGAGGAAAAAAUGUUGCCUGUACUGAAUGAUUUUUUUUUCAGUUAAUCUAAGCUUAACCCAUGUUGGGUGCAUAGAAAGACAUCAUCUGCAUAGCCAGCAGUAUUAUUGUAGAGACCUUGUACAUGUUUUGUUUUGUUUUAAAUUUCCUUAAUUGGUCUCUAGAAAUAACUUGUGUGUUGCUUUUUUUAGAAAACAAAAUUGUGAAUAAGAACCCUGUGGAUUUUGUUAUUGUUUUGUUUGUUAUAAUAAGCUAAAGUAGAUACGUCUUAGGUUAACCAUAUCUGUGGAAAUAUGAAACUGGAAGUCAGAGACUGACAUCACGCAGUUUCGCCAAAGAGAGCCCUAAGAUUGAAGGUGUGCUUGAUAUUUUGAGCUCCAAACAGUGGGUGCUUGCAGAGUGUUGAAGUUCAGUUAACAGUUCAGUGGCCUUCAGCUGACCGAAACAACCUAAUAGUGCAGUAGAAAUCACUAUUAUUUUUCUGUCUUCAUCAUUCCAUUCAAAAAAUCAGACAUUGCUAUUUAGUAUUCUUCUUUGAAGCAAAUUUUAAAAGAAUUGGAAGUACAGGUGAGUUUUGAUCCAUAAUUCACAAAAUAUGAUUAGAAUUCAAGCAAAUAAGUCACCAAGCUGUAUUAGUUUAUUAGUGAGAGGAUAAAUCUUUUUACUGGCCUCAAUUGUUAAUUAGUGACUUAAAUGCUAAAUAUUUCCAUCAGUGUUAAGCUCACUUGUUUCUGCCCUAGUCAAGAACUCAUUAGAAUCUCAAUUAAAAUUUAAAUUAAGCUGGUUUAUAAACAUAAUGAUUGGCAUAUUUUAUGUCCUGGUGUAGUAAUAUAUAAUCUGCCAAAAUACAAUUUGAGGCAACCCUAUUUAAAAAUUUGUUUAAAACCAUAAAAAUAACUACAUAAUGACGUUCCUGAGCACUGUUUUGUUUAUGUAUCUGUCCCCUUAUUGUUCAAGCUCUGCUUGUUCUUUAGAGUAUUAUUUUUACCUCUCAACUGUAAGAACUGAAAGAGAACUGAUCAAACUCACCUUCCUAUUUUGUUUUCUUCACUGUGUAAAUAUUAUUUGUAUAAACAUUACAAAAGGGGAUCCAAACAAUGAGUUUGAGUGUGUUGAGUUUGUUUUUUUUUUUUUCUUUCUGCCCACCUAGGCAUGUGAGCCAGUGAUAAAUAUUUUUUCCUGUGUGGAAAAUGCCAUAUAACUGUUGCACGACUGUCUGUAUGGGCUGUGUUGGCAUUGGGUCUUUCUGUGUGUCAAAAGUUAAGGUAUUGUUCUUACAAAGCUUUUGUAAAUGGCUCUUUCCCUCUUGUGAGAAAUUUACAAAGGAACCCAUGAAGCAUUAUUGUUAUAGAAGGAAAAAAGAAUGGAAAAAUGUUUAUAGUUUCUAGCAUAUCUGUAGUUGAAAUGGGGCCCUCACAGCCUCUCUUUCUAAAUUAUUAGAAUUUACCUGACCAAAUGCCUUCUACGUAAUUUUUUCCUAAGUUUAAAUCUGCAAGAGAACAUACAUUUUCUUACUGAAAAUAAUCGUCAUUAAUAGAAGUGAAUACUACUUUAGUCCAUUGGCUUUUUAAGAGAAUUUUUUGUUUGCUUUGCUUUGUUCUUUGUUUUUUGAGGCACAUUUCUUUACAGCCUUUUUUGAGCUGCCAUAUUCUGUAGAUAAAGGGUGGCAGGGUGGCAAGAUAAUCUAAAGAAAUCCUUUGCCUCAGAGGCUUUUGACAUAAUUGGAUCCCUUUUUGAAAAUGGAGAUAAAUUCAGCUGUUUCAUGGUGAAACAUUAAUGCUACUGUUGCAUGAACCAGUCAUACAGAGCAAGUGAUGAGGUUUGUCUGACUUCUUUUAGUGAUGUUUUAGGAUUUGCUUUUUUACGCCUCUUCUGUAUUCUUUUUUCAAACUUAGUAAAUUCUUGAUUUUCUAGCCACAGUGGUAUUGUUUUCUCUAAGGCUUUGACAUACAAAAAUUCCUAUUAAAUCACAUUGUUGAUAAAUUAGUUUCCAUGUGAACCUUUUCAAAAUGAUUUAAAUUACCUUUUGGGUUUGCUCCCUAAAAAUGGCUUGUGUCUAAAAUGACGUUUUCCUAUUUAAAGGGUUGUAAUCAAAGAGUGUGUGCAUACAGACUUUUAUGAAGUCUACCGAAAACAGUUUCACCGCAUCUGUAUUUCAGGUUGCAGUGUGGGGAACGUUUGGUUAGUGCCUUACCAAUGAAGACCAAUUUUUGGGCAUUGAGCAUGACAAUAAUCAUUUGCCCUCUUCCUUCAGGAGUGUGCUAUCUAUCCCUUUCUCCACCAGCUUAAUCUUACAGCAAGACUUAGGAAGUCUGUACAGAUACUGCCAAGUACUUGCUGCAGUCAUCCUUGAGUUUUGAGUCUUUUUUUAUGCAAGUUCUGUUCUGGUGUCUCUCCCUUCCAGGUAGGAGAUUAAAAAUAAAUCCGCUCAAACCAACCUUUCAAUAAACCUUUAAACACAACUAUUUUGUUGUCUUGAGAACAGAUUUAAUGAUAAGUGCUCUUUGAAAAGUCCCUAAAAAAUAAGAUGCAUUCAGAAAUAUUUGAGUUUUUGUAAAAUAUUGAAAUCUUGUAAUGACAACCCCUUUAGGCAGAAGUGAAAUGUAUUUCUGUUCAUUCUUACACUUCAAUAAGACCCAAACUGAAUGAGCACUUAACCUGCAAGAUACUAUUUGCCUGAAAAUAUUAUGCAAGAAGGUAAAUCAGUAUACAAAUUGAAGGGAAUUUAAGAGGCUACACUCACUUUCUCAGAGAAAAAAAAGCUUAAAAAUACUUUGCUUCUCUGAGAUUUUGGAAGACCUAGAGCUACUAUUAUUUAUCUGUGUCAACACACUAUUUUCACAUUUUUUAAAGGGCUAGUAUGUCCCGAAGUAGGCUUAGAUAGUCUUUAAACCCAAAUGAAAGGGUUAACUGGUCCUUGAGGGUUAUUAGCAGAAUUCAAAUUUUUUAUUGUAGUCUUGAACUUCAAAGCAGUGGUGGGAUUUAAAAAAUAAUGUAAUCAGUGUGUGUUAGGGUGGAAUUGUUUUCCUUAAAAAAACUAUAAAUACUAGUUACACUUUAGAAACCAGGUAACAAAAUGCUGUUUUCCCUGAAGAUACCAACUAGAACUACCACAAAUAUAAUUCAGUAAUUAUUAUUACGUGUGAUGUAAGGUAGAUAAGUCACCCAACUCUCAAGUCUAUAUUUUAUUGACAUUGUUUGACAACCUACAAAACAUAUGUGCGUGAAGAGACUGGCAAGCUGGUUUCCAAAACGGGCUAAAGGAAAUCAGACACCUAUAGUAAAAGUACCCCAUGAUAAUGCACAGGAGAACACAAGCCAUUUUUAUUCCUUAUCCCAGUCAACUUGAGGUAUUCGAAGGAUAAAGCGUUCAGCUGCACUAUGACCUUCCCAAGUGAUGUGCAACUUCACUUUCUUUUUAAUAUGCAAAUGUGAGUGUGUGAUCAGUGUGUUUGCAUAAGCUAACUUAAGAUGAAUUU